CAGCAACUUGACUGUCAUUGUGCAAUCGUGUUCAACGUACUGUCUGUAAUUCAUCCAAACUUCAAACAGAGGGCAGAUUUGCAAUUGCAAACACCACACGGGGCGCAGCAAUCUCUUCUUGGAGGCAUCAAUUUCGAAAAUGAACAAAUAUACUUUUUUAUAUAUCCUGUGCAUUUUGUGUACGGUUCGUUUAACUACACCAUUCAACGCAGAGCGGAGUUCCCAAGACAUCUUAAUCACUAGCAAAUUGCGCACCAAAAGGCAGAGUUGUCAAGAUGGCACUUACCAGCAUGAGGGAAUGGCAUGCUGUCUCUGUGCGGCUGGCCAACAUCUGGAGAGCCACUGCAGUGUGAGCCCAGAGGAUGGGACCUGUGUUUACUGUGAGGAAAACAGGACCUACAACAGUGACCCCAACUCUCUGGACUCCUGUGAGCCCUGCACUUCCUGUGACUCUAAAGCCAAUCUGGAGGUGGAGGACAGAUGCACCAUCUUCAAGGACUCAGUAUGUCGAUGCCAGCAGGGCCACUACUGUAACAAGGGGAAGGAGCACUGCAGGGCCUGCUACCCAUGUACCAUAUGCAGUGAAGAGGGCAUCAAGGUAGCCUGUAGCGCCACCAACAACACCAUAUGCCAUGCCUUCAAAGAACAAAGUUUGAGCAAAACCAUAACAUUUCAAUGCAUUAAAAUGAUUUGGAAGAUGUUCUUUCACUUACAGUAUGAAUGUUAUAAGGUUGUUUUUUAUCUAAACAUUAGGCUUUUAUUUUCCUUUCUUGCAGGACGCAAUUUGGCAGUAGUAUUUGUCCUGACUACUGUUCUUCUUGUCGUUUUGAUUGUGAUCAUUUACCUGUGGCGAAGUAAUAAAUAUUGUUUUGGGCCAAAUGGUGGUUUGACAGAACUGCCCAACCGGAGUUCAGAGGAAAUGCAGCCACUGAGAGGUGUUAAUCUCUGGCCACACCUCCCAGACAUUGCUAAGACCUUGGGGUGGAGGGACAUGAAACAGGUGGCCGAGUGCAGUGGGAUGACACAUACCGCCAUAGAAUCCCACCAGCUGAACUUUCCCAAUGACUCCCAGGAGCAAUGCUCCAGCCUACUGAGGGCCUGGGUGGAGAAAGAGGGGAUGACCACAGCCUCUGUGACACUGGUCCAGACUCUACUCCGCAUGAAGAAAAAGGUCAAGGCAGAGGAUAUCAUGGCUAUCAUCAGCAACAAGGAGGAUGGCGUCACAGGGCAAAACUCAGGAUCAGGACAGGUGUAGAUACUGUAUGUACAGUAUGGUCAAACCACUGCCUUUAACCAUGGACAGAUGACCGGGAAUAUGGCCGAAUAUAAACAGUCUAGUUAUUCCCUCCACAAGGCAAUCAAAAAUGUGAAAUGUUGUUAUAGGGACAAAGUGGAGUUGCAAUUCAACGGCUCAGACACAAGACGUAUGUGGCAGGGUCUACAGGCAAUUAUGGACUACAAAAAGAAAAUCAGCCACAUCAUGGACACCGACGUCUUUCUUCCAGACAAACGAAACACAUUCUUUGCCUGCUUUGAGGAUAAUGCAGUGCCAUCGAUGAGGCCCGCUACCAAGGACUGCGGGCCCCCCCUCUCCUUCUCCGUGGCUGACAUGAGUAAGACAUUUAAACAUGUUAACCCUUGCAAGGCUGUUGGCCCAGACUGCAUCAAUAUGGUCACAAUUGUUCCUGGACUUUCAGGGUGUGUGCUCAGCCCCCUCCUGUACUCCCUGUUCACCCAUGACUGUGUGGCCAUGCACAUCUCCAACUCAAAUCAUCAAGUUUGCAGACGACACAACAGUAGUGGGCUUGAUUACCAACAACGGCGAGACAGCCU